GAACUUUCUGGAUCAUUCUGACGAAUAAAAUCUGAUGUGUCCUUUGUUCUCUGUCUAUUUCUGACUUCUUUUUUCGACUCUCUUUUAGGUUUCUCCGUCAAUAACAUCUCACCUUUUUCAUUUUCAAAUGUACAAACUGAGUUCUUUGGAUUUAAUGGAAAGCUUCAGAUGGAAACAACUUCUUUUGAAAAGGUUUACAAUUGUGUUGUUAAUAAUCAAUUUCUGAUUUAAGUUUGGAUCCAUAGUUUUGGUCUUUUGAAUCUUAAAUGGACAUGCACUUUAAAUUUAAGCAUUCAAUCUGUGGCAGAAAUUUGGAUUCAGUAGCAUGCACAUGUCUUGCUUUGUUGGUUUUUACUAUGUUGGUUCUUAGGAUAGUAUUGGUUCCUUCAGUCUCUAGCUUUGGUAGGAUCAAUCAGGAGAAUCAUGAUUUGAUCCGUAAUUGCAGUAAUCGCGAUCUAUCGGAUCGUAGAAUCGGUAAAGAUAAGUUUUUAGAGGUUCCUCAGAUUGUUUGGGGACUGAACAAUCAAAAGAUAGCAUUUGCCAGAUCAUGUCUUACUGCUAGAAUGCUCAACCGAACUCUUUUAAUGCCCAGCUUGAGUGCCUCAUUGUUCUAUAAGGAAAUAGAUCAGUUGCAGCCUAUUUCAUUUGAUAAGGUUUUUCAGUUCCAGAGGUUCAAUUCCCUCUGUAAUGGGUUCGUACAGUUGGGCCGAUAUUCGGAUAUUAGAAAUCGAACUGGAUUAUAUGAGAUUCAGAAAGGAAGUGGCAGGAAGUGGACGGUAGAGAGAGAUAUGAAUCAAUUGAGAGAGUUUAGCCAGGAGCCAUAUGAUGGCUAUGAGGUGAUUCGGAUAGUUGGGAAGAACCCGUUUUUGUGGCAUGAUCAUUGGCCAGUUAAGGACUAUGCUAGGAUUUUUGAAUGCUUAGUUUUGGUUGAAGAAAUAGAAAGCGAAGCAUCUAGAGUUGUAUCUAAGAUUAGAGAAAUUGGAAACAAAUUGAGAAGUUCCGAUUCAGAUGGUUUAGUGCAGCCAGCGCCUUACGUAGCAGUUCAUAUGAGGAUUGAGAUAGAUUGGAUGAUCCACUGUAAGAAUUUGGAGCGAAGAUCAAACAUAAACCAAAUUUGUAGUAGCAAGGAAGAGAUAAUGGAGCACGUGGGUAACAUUGCAGGCAUCGAACCUCCUACUGUUGUUUAUCUUGCCGUGGCUGACAGUCUUCUUGAAGAUCCUUCGAUACUCGCUGGUUGGAAGGAUGGUUUUAAUCCUUAUGAGAAGAAAAAACUGGGUGUAGAUGGAAUCUACAAGAAGUAUCCGUAUCUGAUUCAGUCAGCAAUAGACUAUGAAGUGUGCUCAAGGGCUGAUGUGUUUGUCGGUAACAGUUUCUCGACAUUUUCGAGUCUGAUAGCUCUUGAAAGGACACAGAAAUUGAUUAGAAUGGGUGUAACAAGUUCAUGUGGCAUGGAUGUUAGAUGGCCUUCUUAUGCAUACAAUAUAAAAGGGGAAUCAAAUAGCCCUCAGAGAUGGAUGACAAAUAUGUCCGAUUCGAGUCUUAAAGCAAUUAGUUAUGGAACUAAUAUCAUCUCUUGCUGAACCUGGCUAAAUUGUUUGGUUGGUUUAGUUCUGAAAGAUGUUCUUUUAGUUUGUAAAGAAUGUGAAGAAGCAGGUAACACAAAUUUAGGUACAGAUUUCAUUGAUUUUUUUUUGUUUCCAUUGAUUUUUUUUGUUUCCUUUUGUGUAUUAGGACAUACAUGAAAUUGAUUAAUUGGUUUCACUUGAUCUUUCUCUAGA